AUCUCGUGGCGGCAGUAACACGCGAGCUCACAUAUCGCGUGCAGCUCGCAUUAUCGCAAAUUAAUAUUGAUAUUACGACCAAAUAAUGAAAUUGUGACUAGUUUUCUGUCGUUUUGUGUAAAUUAUUUAUCAAAAUUGAUGGACAAUCGUGGAUUUACAGUUUAGUGUCUUGAAAUUGGAUCGAAAAGUUAUCAAAACAUGAAGCACAAUAUCCUGAUCGCCUGUUUGGCACUGCUACACACCGUGUACAGCCAAAACUCUACGAACAUCUUCGGGAAAGGAGUAAAACUUUUAGAGAGCGGCGCCAAACUUGGCAGUGACAAAUUGAAAGAAACUGGAAGCAAGCUGGUGGACGGUGGCACCGCUGUGGUGGACGCUGGUAGCCAAGCGUUGCAGAUGGUCAAUAAGGGUGUGCAAGGGGAAAUUGCUGAUGUGAAGCAACCUAUUGUCAAAGCUGCCGCUUCAAUUGUCUUCAGCCAAUGCGAAAACGUGAAGGAAUUAUUUGGCUUGAAGUAUGAACAGCUGGAAGGCGAGAACGAGCCGGACGUCAAUUCCCUGACGCUAAAAUAUUUGUCAAAAGAUGUAAAUGUGAGUUAUGAUAUAAACUCUGCGGCCAAGCUCAUCCCACUCGAGACACACUACACCGGGAAAGACCACCUCAUCAUCUACCUGCAUGGCUUCACGGACGACCCCGGGCAGGCCAGCUUCAAGGCCGUGAGGGAGGCUCUGUACAAACGAGGAUUGGAUAAUGUAUUAGCGCUGGACGGGGGUCAUCUGAUCAACUGGCUGUACCUCCGCUCCACGACUUACGUGCGCUUCCUGGGGGAGAAACUUGGUGAAGUGCUUGCUGCGAUGGUACACAGUGGCGUUAAACCCGAGACAAUCCACGUCAUCGGCCACAGCCUGGGCUCGCAAAUCGCGAGCUUCACAGGCAAGACGUUCACCAACCUGACCGGGCUGCAUAUCGGCCGGAUAACAGCGCUAGACCCGGCCGGACCGUGUUUCGCGCAAGUUGAACCGGAUCUCAGAAUACAGUCGUCGGACGCUGAGUAUGUUGAUGUGAUACAUACAAACGCAGGCAUCGCCGGCAUGGAAGAGCCUGUUGGCGAUGCCGAUUACUACCCCAACGGAGGGUCCGAGCAGACAGACUGCGUGCGAGCGACCUGCAGCCACAGUCGCGCUUGGCAACUCUUCGCAGAGUCCACCGUCAACCUACAGGCGUUCCCGUCCAUCAGAUGUGAGAGUUGGACUGCCUUCCAAAAUGGGACAUGCGACCAUGAAAUUAGUUACAUGGGAUACCCCUCCAAGCCUGGUACAAAAGGAUUGUUCUACCUACAGACGCGGGGCGAGUCGCCCUACAGUCUCGGCAUGAAAGGGGUGAAAUACGAAAACGAGGGGGGAAUUGUUAAAAGUUUACUUAGCGGUUAAUAAAAUGGUUUAUACGGGUUAA